ACAGCUUGAAGGAUUUGUAUUUGUCGACAUUUCGUGGUAUUUUAAUCAGAACUACUAGUCCCCCAGACAAAUCUUACUGAAAAGAGCAAAAUAUGCUUUACACGUUAUUAUCGAUAUAUCUCCUGGAACCUGUGGUAUCUUCUUGGUUGUUCAGUGUAAAAAUGUUUGCACUAACGGAGAAAAGGCAUAUCUCUAAGCAGGCCUCACGCCACUCUACUCGUCAUGUUGAAGGGCGAAGCGAAAAAGAAACCAAACAAGUGUGUAAAUUCCUCUGAAAUACGUG